UGGGAUCAUAUGAUUGCUUGGUAAACUUCAGAAAAGAACAUCACUUUUGAAACCGCACUUCUUUGUAAGCUGGAGAAAUCUUCAACAUUAUUAGUCUUGACAAACCAGAAUUAAAGCAUGGACUUCAGAAUCACAUCACUGAUCCUGCUUCUACACAUUUCAGACUCUCUAACAUUGAAGCACAUCUCUGUGAUCUGUAAAGACAUUUGUGCUCUGAGCAAAACCGAUGUGCGGUUGAAGUGCACUUACGACAACAUACACACCAAAACUGCAUUCUGGUUCAGCGAGAAACAAAGCAAAAACUGGAGAAGAAACAAUGAACCUGAAGAUUUGACUUUAGACUCAGACUACUCAGGACGAGUGAAACAGAUCAUCGGUAAAUACGAAGCAGAACUCAGAAUAUCAGACGUGAGAGAGAGAGACUCUGGAGAAUAUCAGCUCAUGUUCGUAGAUGAUGGAGUUAAACUUCUCAGCUCAGCAGCCGUCAGUCUAACAGUCACAGGUGUUUCUCAGAGGGGCUGCUGGGAUGUGACUUACACCUCUAGAAGAGUCUGUGCUUUGGUGGGCUCAACAGUAGACAUUUCCAGCACAUACUCACAUCCCUCUGGUUAUACUGUAAAUAAAACAUUCUGGUAUUACGUUCAGCCUGGAAACUUCAAGGAUCUGCGUGAGGAUCAUCAGUUUGCUGGUCGUGUGGAGUAUGUGGGGAACAAACUGAGAAUCAAAGAUCUCAAAAUCAGUGACUCUGGAGAAUAUCGACUCAGGAUCAUCACUGACUUAAACGGCACAUACUCUGCAUCACCAGGAGUCAUUCUUACUGUUACAGAUACACAGAUGAAAAUAAGCCCAGUCUUUGUAUCAGAGGGACAGGAAGUGAUUUUAAUCUGUUCAACUAAAUGCACUCUGAACGACGAACAUACUUACAUCUGGUACAAGAACGGACGACAGGUAACAGAUGGAUUCACUAAAGCCAACAAGCUGUACCUGGACUCAGUCAGCAAUGAAGAGCUUCAACAGUAUUCCUGUGCUGUAGGAGAUCCAGUGAACAGCACAGCGGUCAGCCAUUAUACAGUCACUCUGCUGGUGUUUUUGCCUCAGUUUCUCAUAAUAGCGGCUCUGUGGAUGUGGUUUUUCAUCAGAAUGCAUCUCAUUUCAAAACAAAACUGAAAACAAACGUUAAGAGUCUGACGUUCCACAUCUGUGUACAUCUGCUGGAGUAAUGUCAUUGUGUUCUUCCAUUGUGACAUAAUCACCUAGCAACAGUCAGAACUGUCAACAGCAACAUCAGAGAUACAGUGAUGUGACAUAUCAAUGACUUUCAGUUUGCAUAAGUAAACAAAUCUAAAACAAAACCAUAGUCCUGAGGUUUUAGUUCCCCCCCAUAUGUGACCCUGGACCACAAAACCAGUCUUAAGUCGCUGGGGUAGCAAUAGCCAAAAAUACAUUGUAUGGGUCAAAAUUAUCGAUUUUUCUAUCGAUUGCCAAAAAUCAUUAGGAUAUUAAGUAAAGAUCAUGUUCCGUAAAGAUAUUUUGUACAUUUCUUACCGUAAAUAUAUAAAAACUUAUUCAAUAUUUAGAUUUUUUUGCACCCUCAGAUUCCAGAUUUUCAAAUAGUCGUAUCUCAGCCAAAUAUUGUCCGAUCCUAACAAACCAUACAUUAAUGGAAAGCUUAUUUAUUCAGCUUUCAGAUGAUGUAUAAAUCUCAAUUUCAGAAAAUUGACACUUAAGACUGGUUUUGUGGUCCUGGGUCACAUAUGGUAAAUGUAAGAAGAAAGUUUUAUUCUCCAAAUAUCUUUUAAGAAUCCACUGUAAUAAAGUGAUAGGUACUCUUUAUUUCUGUAUAGGUGCACACUGUAAUAUUUUCUAUUUUAAUGGAUAAACUGUAAUCGUAGUAAUGAUACACAGAAAUAUCAAUAAAACAAUUUAAUAAGCAGACAAAUUGGUUAUUAACCAGGAUUUGUGUUCUGAUAUUUUGGGCCCAAGCAAUUCUGUAUCCUGUUUUAGUUUUCAGAUACAUCAUUCCUUUAAGCAGGGGAAUGAGUUGUAAUCAUGCAUUAAGUACAUUGUUAGAAUGGUGUUUUAUGUGGCCGUGAAAUUAAUAAGUUCAUUAAAAAGGAUGGUUUUUAAUUGGUAUUAGUAAUGGUUUUGCAAGGUUUCCUUUGAUUUUUUCAAAAGGCGUAAACUUGGGAAAAAAAAUUUUUUUUUAUUUUAUUUUUUAAUUUAUAUAUAUAUAUAUAUAUAUAUAUAUAUGCACUUCUUGACCAGAAUUCUAUGGAUUCUAUGCUGCCUUCUUAUGCUGUUGGAAACUUUGGUAACACUUUAUGCACUUACUAUUAUAAUAACAAUUAAUUAUGCAUUAGAUGCCCUAAGCCAUCCCUAAUCCUAAAGCUAUUAUCACUGUGUUCAAUACAUAGAAUAUGCAUCAAAUGAAUCAGAAUCAGAACCAGAAAGAAUUUUAGCCAGGUAUGUUUCCACAUAUGAGGAAUUUGUUUUGGUGACAGAAGCUUCCACACCACAAACAGAAUGACAGUGACAAGACGAGACACAGAUAAUAAAAAUAAUAAAAACAGAAUAUGUAAAUAGAUAAAA